AUGACUCAUCAUCAACCAAGCAACCAACAACCGCAAACGAUGUCGUCGCAACCACCCACGAUCCAGACGGCGCAGGUGAUGGCGCUGGAAGCCAAGGACCUCCGGGCCAAAGGCCGCGUCCAGGAAGCAGCGGCCAAGCUUGAGUGCACCAUCAAGGUGCUGCUGGACGCCGCCAAGGCCAUGACAUCCGAAGAGAGCAGACAAAGGCUCCUUGUGAGCGUGAAGCGCUACCUCGAUGCCCUUGAGGAUCUCAAGCAGUUGGCCAAGCUGGCAUCAAAGCGGCUGGAGAUUGCACAGGGGACCACAGGCCACUCCUACGAGUCCAUCUUUGGUCCUGUCAUGCAACGGGCGACAGAAGUGACAUUGGACGAGCCUUAUCUGUGCAAACCAUACCAGCUGCACAACCUCACACGCUUCUGCGAGUUGUGUGCUCGUAAUGAAGUGAAGGUGAUUCGAGUCCACACCACCAACCCGCGCGGCGACGACAUUUCCUUGCGCGACGCCUCAGUCCACACACUCAAAGCGUCAUUGCGCGAGCACGGAAUGACGCUUCAUGUCAACAUUCGCGGGGAUCUUCACGACCGGCAAGCAAAGUUCAAUAACGGGUUCGUGGUCCGGCUUGGGCGUGGCCUGCACAUCUACCAGCGGUCGCCACACUACACGCUCGGCAGCUUUGACGACAAGUUCAGAACGUGCCUUGCCACCAACAUCACAUACGAUUUCGACGCGUCACUGCAACCAUCGUAGCUCAACACCAGUAUGUGUUGCGUCUGUUACUCAAUCUCGCGUCUGUCUGUACUCAUUGAUCGCCCUGGCUGGGCGCCUGCUUGUUAUUUGCUUGUGACGCACCACAACCCCUUGAUAAUGGAUGCUUGCUUGUUUGCUUGGGUCAAUUUGUGCAAGGAUGAACGUUGUAUCGUGAUGGGAUUGCGGUGAAAUGAAUCAAUGCAGAGAGAAGUUGUAAACAAA